UUACAUGGCGUUGCGUCAGACUCGUCCUGGUGCGAAUGGUCUGCUUUUAGGGGCGUUGCAAGUUCGCACUUGGACUCUGUAUACCUAAAAAACCCUAAUUUUAGAAAUCAUUCGAGAUGGCAGUGGCUGUGGAUUCAGCGAAAUACCUAUUAGAUGAGAUUUUGCCGGUUUUGAAACGUGUAGAGGAGGCGUUUGCUCUUGUCGGGAUAUAUUACGCCGGGUCUGUGACUGUCAGGGUCCUUUGGAAGGUCACGAAAGGGGUCAGAGUGCACUUCUGGUCCAAGCUGUGGAAGAAGGACUUGGUAGGAAAAUAUGGCAGAUGGGCUGUCGUGACAGGCUCAACUGAUGGCAUAGGAAAAGGAUAUGCCAAAGAGCUUGCGAAAAAUGGAAUGAACAUAGUACUUGUCUCCAGGUCUUUGGGGAAGCUGGAGAAAGUGGCAGAGGAAAUUGCGGCUGAGUUUGGAGUUGAGACAGAUGUUGUUCAAGCAGACUUUUCAUUGGGCCGGCACGUCUAUGAUAACAUUGCAAGACAUUUGAAAGACAAAGAAAUAGGCAUUUUAGUUAAUAAUGUUGGAACACUGAUCACUCCAAGACUGUUUGAUAAGCUAACAGAUGAUGACAUCUGGACCUAUGUGAAUGUGAAUGUAGCUUCAGUGCCAGCUAUGACCAGUUUGGUGUUGCCUGGAAUGUUGGAAAGAAAGAAGGGGGCUAUUAUCAAUAUUUCCUCAGAAGUGGCUUACCUUUCACUACCAUACCUUCAGAUGUAUGCAGCAACAAAGUCCUUUGUCAGUAGCUUCACUCGAGCUAUUGAUGCAGAAUAUUACUCAUCAGGGAUUACAGUCCAGUGCAUAGAGCCUGCAGGUGUGUCUACCAACAUGAAUGCUUUUGAUGAAAGGAUUCACAGGCCAGGAUUCUUCACUCCAACCCCUGACCACUUUGCUACAAGUGCUGUUGCAACUCUCGGCUACUCUAACUGCACCACUGGUCAUUGGACUCAUGGGCUUCAGCUGUCUUUCCUGCAGCUUUUCCCAGAGUGGUUCAUAGUCAUGAGCUUCAGGUACAUGGUGGAGUUUAGCCAAAAGAAGUUAAAAUGAAGUGGGUGUAAGUGCUGCACUUACUUUAUGGCCACCAAAUAGAUCCUUCCAAGCAAAUGGGAAUAAGGAGAUGGAGAGAAAGAUUGUAAUGACAAGUGCUGCACUUUAAAUAUAUGUGGUUUGAUCAGUUGAGAUUUGUCGUGAGAGGAUCGUCGAGUGAACUUGUUAUUUAUUUAUUUAUUCAUUUUUCCUUGUUUUUACGAGUUUUUGUUUGAAAGAGGAAAACGUUGAUAUUUUCUGUGUUUUAUGCUUUUGGUGGUUAUUAGUCGGAAAGGGUGACAGUUUGCUCGUCGAAAGUAUGUAUUGUAGAACCAAAGGUGGAAGGAAAUUAAUUAUCUUAAUUUUUGUGUGAUGAAUACAGGGAUGGGUUGUAGUCAGUUUUGUUGAUUUUUUUUGCUUUAUUUUCUUGACUUAAAAAUGUUGACUGGUGAAUGAAGCUGUAAAAAAAUUUAUAUUACAAUUUUCUCAAGUCAUUCAUAGAUUAACAUCAUUCAGUCUGUUGAUCCAUACUUAGUUUCUCUCUCUAACCCAGAAAUGUCAUGAUUUUGCAUGAAUGACUUACUGGCAGUUUGAUUAAAUAGUAAACUAGAAGUUUUUAAGCUACUUUUGCUUAAUAUUACUUGCAAUGACUUGAGAGCUUUUGUUGGGUAUAUGUUAUAUUGGAUUAUAUAAAAAUAGGUGAUUACUCGAUUACUCUUCAGUGCAUGCAGCUCAUUUGAUAAUGAUUAAGGUCAUCAGAUAAAUUAGGAAUUAAGGGAGAGAUUCAUGUUUUUAUGUACUGGACCUUAUUGCCUUUAAAUGAAAGCAGCAAGAUAUGGUGGCAUAGACUAUGUUGCAUUGAAGUCUAACAUUCCACUCCAGAUAAUGUAUAUAUUGUGAUUGUUGAUAGUACACUGUUAUCAUUUAUAUAAGAGUUUUAAGGAAGUAGCUUUGUGAUUGACAUUAGCAGUCCUAUUGUGGCAAAAUAUGAACUGGGACAAGCUGAGUGUGUUGUUCUGGUGUUUACCUUAACAAGGAGCAUUGUCCAUUUUCUUGCUAGGCUUUGAAGAAUUGCUUGACUAAAGGAAAGUGUAUUGUAGAAUAUUUUGUUUGGUGAAUACAAGAAUUUCAGUUUGAAUGGUAAGUGAAACAAAUGUAAAACAAGAACCAGUUUUUGUUUCCUUCUAAAUUGGAAGUUAUGAAAGGCAUAAAAGAAGAAAGAAAAGAAGAGUAAUGCAUCAUUGGCUCAUUUUGCUGGAUGGUUUAUUUAUUUUCUACUUUGAAUAUUGUGAGUAUUGAACUUUAAUCCAUAAACUGUGACAUGCCUCAUGAGAUGUCCUUUUGGGAGCCUACACCACAUACUCAAGAGAGUUGGUUGCUCAUUGAAUUUGACGCAUAUUUAUAAUGUUUUGACGGGAGCUAAUGCAGAUAUCUCCCAGCACCUCCCAGGAUACGGUACCUCAUGAAAUAGCUGCUGCUUAGGGGCCUGUUUUCUAUGCAGCUUUGCCUAGGUUAAUGGGGAAAAUUGUAAAUUUAAAACAUUGUAUCUUGGUUAUGUUUAGGUAUUUUGACUUUUCAAAGCAAGAAAUAUAUGCCUUACAAAUUUAGAAGCACUAUUCUUUGACAUUCAGAAUUUAAUUUUUAGUCAUGUUAAAACUCUUCUGUGGCACUUUACAGGUUAAGGGAUAUGUUUGAAAAAGAAGUGUAUAUAAGUAGCUGAUUGAAGUUGUCAUAAAAGUGAGAUUUAUUAAUACUAACAUUCAGUUUGUAGACAUUUACAUAGAUCAAACAGCAGAUUGUAUAAUUGUGCCAUUGUAGAUUCAACCUUGUGUACCCCAUGUACGUCUCUUAACUUGCAAUGGUACAAAGUAGGUAAAUGAGCACCUGUAACUGUCAUAUCCAGAAAAUUAUUUGCUUGUGAGGCAAUCUGCAUUUUCAUAGCUCAGUUUCAUCUGUCAUGCACAAGUAUGUAAUCUGCAGGACAUAAUCAUUGUGAUGUUUGUUGAUAGAAUAUAACCUUGAAGAUGAUUGUAUGGAAACAAAGUCAGGCUGUGAAGAACUUUGCCAAAUAAUUGUAAUGGUGCAUUAAUUUUGGUAAGUCUUGUUGGUAUUGUUGUUUAACUUUGUGACACCAGUAAGAGUCAAGAGAUGCCUUGAAGUACAAUUAGAGCUAUUUGUUUUCCAUUAUAAUGGCUAACCAUUUUGUAAUGGGAUAGAGAGGGUGUUUUUAAAGGUUUUCUACUUCCUCCACUUAUCAUCUUUGGUAUUUGUUUAUUUAUGUUUUUUUUUAUUAUGAUUAUGUGUAAAUAUGUUGAUUUAAUUUUUUUUCCCUAUUCCUCAGCUGUUUAGCCAGUUGGAGGAUAUUUGAUAAUCAUGAAUAAAUGUCCUUUGUAGUAAUCUUGUUUUGGUAUUAUUUAAUUCACUAUAUUUAUAUUGUUUAACCCCUUUUUCCUGCUCUUUGGUUGUCAUCCUCCUUUUUGCAAAUACAUUAUCUUUAGCUGAAAUAUCUACUUCAGUUGAAAAUGUUCUUUUGAAAGUAAGGAAAUGAAGUGGUGUACUUUGGUACCUCUAAUCCCUUUCCUGAAGUUAUUUUUAGCUCAUAUUUAUUUCAGUUGUUUGAGUUUCCUGUUCUGUAUAUUGUAGAAGGUUAAUGAUCAUUAGUGGCUGAUAGAAAAUAAUUAGGAUGUUGUUUUUACUAAUGUGUUACAAGAAAUAUUGUUCAUUCAAAUACAAAAAACUCCCAUAUUUUGAUUCCCAUUCUACAUGGCUUACAUUUUCUCUGCCUUUGCUUGCAUUUUAUGAAUUAGUAUUUAUUAUUUUUGCACCUGCUUCUCAAGUAAUGCUAAAUCUACCCUUACAGUGUAUCUUUGGUGAAUUACUAGGCUCCUUUUCCCCUUUGUACAUUUGUUGAUAGAUAUUUUAUUUUGCUAUUUAUUAUUUAUUUGUGAAUUUGGAUCACAGUGCCAUAAAUCUGUAGGACCCAUAGAAUCAUAGAUUCUAUAUGCUCAAAAAAUUAUAGUGUUGUAGUUACCUAACAAGCAAAUAGCCUAAAGCAUCAGUGAUGUGAGACUAGCUAUGCAACAAGGCUGAUGUAUGCAUGAUGCACCUCAUUCAUCAAUGGUAUGCACUCAGUGAAUUUCAAAUCAACAGGGAAUUUUCACUACUGUGGCUCACUUAGUGUUUCAGGAACUGAUUGCAAAUUUGAGCUCCUCUUUGUAAACUAAUUUUAACCCACUCGUGCAAGAUACAAUCAAUGUUAAUUUUGUUAAUUUUAUUUACAUGUAUAUGGCUUUACAAGCAUCAAGGAAUCAAUAAUGAGGCCUACCUGAUCUUCCUUGUCUACCCAAUACUUGAUUUUUGUUUGUGUCUAAUACUGAUAACAUUACAAAUAUCACCACAUCUGUUGUCAUCAUGAUUGUAAGAUAACACUAUUAACAGUUGUAAUAGUAAUAUUUUUUAUAAAAUAAAAAGUGGGGUAGAUAGGUGAGGUCAGGUAGACCUAGUAACUGACCAUUUGAUGACUUUGUGCUUCUAGAGCCAACUAUGCAUAAACAAAAUUAUUAAAAUAAAACUACAUUUGACUGAUGCACUUCUGACAUCAACAAGUUAAUGUAACAUGUUGUAUAUAAACUGCUGAAACACACAAUGAGAAUAGAAUUUAAUACCUCAUUGCCAUGCCUUCUAAAUGCACUAGAAUUUGCAGUUUUUAAUAUUUAUCAGUGAGUGGCUGUUUAUGAGCACAGAUUACAUUAAAGUUAAACUGUCACAAAUGCUUUUGUCUUGACUGGAGAUGUAUAUUAUAGCUUGAGAUAUAUGUCAGUAGUCAGCCUCUCCUAAAUAUUGCAUGACAAUAAGUUUCAUUAAUAUUUGAAAGUACUCUAACAAAAAGUAGGAGAAAGCUGAUUUCUCAUAAGAGAAUCAAAAUCAAAGCCAUUUUUUAUUAUUUUAAUGGUUUCAUAAAGUUAAGUGACUUAUUUGUCAAUUUUUGGCUAUGCCUGAUGUCAUAUUACUCAACCAGAGAGUUUAAGAAUGAGAAUGUAUGAAAACUUAUUUUUUCACUUGGAACAGCAAGUAAAUACUUACACUGAUAGGCACAUUUACAUAUAUACCCAAAGUAUAUAUACACCUAAGCCUUGUGUAAAACAUUUUAUUAAGAUACUUCUGCUUAACUGUAUUUUUUGCUGAUGUUUCAUGGCUCAUUACUUUUUGCUGUCUUUAAUAAUCUUACUUAAAAAAAAACAUUAUCUCUGCUCUCCUGUUUUCAUGGCAAUAAGUGGAUAUGAAAAUUUUAAUAAUCCCCAAACCCCAGUUCUUAUGCUGAUUUUUAAAGGUAUCUAAUUCAUUUUUUUUUUUAAACAUGUUGACUAGAACUCUUUGACUAUCAGGUGUAAUUGAUUAAUAAAAUUCUUAGAUUAAAUCAGUAGUUAGAGUUAAGUGAUUCAUCAUCAAAAACAAUUAUGAUCCUUGCCUCCCCCUGUAUGUUAUAAAUAGAGGAUAUGAAAGCUGUCCUCACAAUGAAUGGCCGGAUAAUACAUUUGAAUCUCUCUCCUUACAUUCACAUCUUAGUUGAAUUUAGCUUCACCAUCAGUCUCAUAGAAUUUAAUUCUUGACAUGCAGUAUACAUUUUGCUUGUCACUUAUCUGCUUUACACUAAUAACAUUCAUGCUUUAUGCCUCUCUCUUGGAACUGACUCCAGUUGCUUAUAUACCACCCUUGCUCUGCAUUCCAGUAUAGAUUUGUUUUACUUUUGCUUAUUCUCUCUUUAAAGUACAUUUGUCUUACCAUAUACAGAUAUUGUAAAGUCUGUAGAGACAUAAUCAUGUACAGACAUUGGUAUACCUACAUGCCAGAGUUGGUAUUUUAGUUAUUUUCAUUUAUCUAAUAAAUACUGUUAUACAUCUUGAAGCAUGUGAGUACAGUGAUAAAUAAAUACAUAGAUUAUGGAA